AUGUUCUCUCUCGUCAAACUCACCACCUUUGUUGCCCUCGCGUUUGGCGCCAUCGCAUCCGUCUCCGCUGCUCCUCAGCCCGCCGCCGCCGUGCAGGUCAAACGCCAGAGUGAUGCCAUCACUGCCAUCUUGGCUGACUUGACCGCAGAGCUCGCACCUGCUGCUGCGCAAUUGAACUCCCUUAAUGCGCACACUGCGACUGCAGAGAACAUCACGCCUAUUGUCAACAGUAUCGUCAGCAGCGUGCAGAACUCACAGAGCAAGAUCAGCGCGCUUCCCGCCCAAGACACCAGUGCCAUCUCUGCGAACGAUAUAGCCUCCGGCUUGAACAGUGUCUUCCAGACCGUCCUCGUCCCUGCUGGUAACGUCAUAGCACUACCUGGUGUCGACUCGGCCACCGUUGUGCCUGCCUUGUCGCCGCUUGGCGGCGCUCUCGACGGCCUUCUUACCAUCGUCUUAGGUCUCGUCGCCGAGCUCCUGGUCGUGGUCAAGGCUACCCUGGACACGUUACUCAGUGGCCUCGUCCAUGUCCUUGUCGGCCUCAACCUCACCGGCCUUCUUGCUUCGCUUGGUCUGUAG